AUGGUCGUGCUCAGGUCUAUUACCGCUAUUUCUGCCUUCGCAGCUACCUUUGUAGAUGCUGUGGCUUUGCUGCCUCGUGCCAACUCCACCAAGAAGCUUGUCACUUCGGAAGCUCUGAGGCAUCUGCUUGAUAUUGAUAACUUGUAUGCAAAGGCCGAGCAUCUCCAGGAGAUUGCCUACAGCACCGAGGGCAAGAACCGUGUCAUCGGCAGCAAAGGACAUGAGGACACAGUUGCUUGGAUCAAGGAGACUCUUGAUCAAUUUCCGGACUACUACACUGUGCAGCUCCAAGGAGUUCCACUCCUGGUCGGUGUGUCCGCCAACCUGACUGCCAACAACAAGACAAUCGAGGUCUACCCCGUCACCCUUGCACCUGAAGGCGAUGUUUCUGGUCCCCUCGUUGCCAUUCCUAACUUGGGCUGCGAAGAGGCGGACUUCACCGAGAGUCUGGAGGGAAAGAUCGCUCUUAUCAACCGUGGUACCUGCUCCUUUGGUGUUAAGGUCCAGCUCGCAGCUGCCAAGGGUGCUCUUGGUGUAGUCGCCUGGAACAACGGCGAAGGCACACUUGAAGGCUACUCGCUGCAGUUGUUCGAAGACCCUGCUAAGCCCUAUGUCCCUGUAGGUGGCAUUACUCUUGGCCAAGGCGAAUCCCUCCUGGCUCAGCUACAGGCUGGCGUUGGUAUAAACGUCCACCUCAAAACCGUUGUCCAGAACGCUACCAGCUACAACGUUAUCGCAGAGACAAUCGUCGGGGACCAUGACAAUGUCAUUCACGUCGGCGGACACAGCGACUCCGUCACGGCAGGUCCUGGGAUUAACGAUAACGGAUCUGGCUCUAUCUCCAUCCUUGAGAUCGCGAUCCAGUUGACUAAGUUCACUGUCAACAACGCCGUUCGCUUCUCUUGGUGGACUGGUGAGGAGGCUGGUCUGCUUGGCGCUGAGUACUACGUUAAGCAGCUAUCGCAAGCUGAAAAGGACAAGAUCCGUCUGUUCCUCGACUUCGAUAUGAUGGCAUCGCCCAACUACGCCAUUCAGAUCUACGAUGGCGAUGGUUCUGCGUAUAACUCCACGGGACCUGUUGGCUCUGCGGAGGCCGAGCACGAGUUCACCGCCUAUUUCGACAACCUUGGUCUCAACCACACCGAGAUCGAGUUCGAUGGUCGUUCCGACUACGGUCCAUUCCUUGAGGCUGGCAUCGCAGCUGGAGGCAUCGCAGGUGGAGCAGAGGGCAUCAAGACCCAGGAGGAAUUCGAGAUGUUCGGUGGUGGUGCUGGUGUGCCCUACGACGUCAACUACCACGAGGACGGUGACACAGUCAACAACCUCAACCUCGAGGCCUGGAUUGAGUUUGCAAGGGCUAUUGCGCACAUGACCGCCACAUAUGCCCGCAGCUGGGAUACUAUCCCUCCCAGAAAUGCGACUGCAUCGGUAAAGAGGUCUGAGAAGUACAACAAGUACAAGCAGUCUUUCCAGAAGACCAAGAGGUAUCAAAAGUGGGUCUAG